AUGUUCUGCGUGGGCACCGCGGCCUGGCACUGGGGCCCCUCGGCUCAAGGUCUCUGGCACGGAGCCUUCGAUGAUGACGAAGCGGGUCCGUCCGGACACAUCGCUAAGUUAACAAGUAAUCUUUCCGAUCAGCUGUUGACCUUUGACCUCUUCUCGUCGAUGGGUUUGCUUCAUGCCUGUCUGGGAUCCGUCGCCGGUGGGAAGCGGCGCGCCCCCGCCAAGCUGGAGCGCGAGGACAGCGAGAACACGCAGCUGCGGCGUGCGAUCUGCGAGGCCCGGGAGGGCGCCCAGAGGAAGGCCGCCAAGCGCAAGCCGGACGUCGUCCUCAGCAGGAGUUAUCCCGGGGCAACAGUGCACGAGGAAUACGCGUGCAUGCUCAACCAGACCAACAUCGGCCAGAACAACAACAAGUUCUACGUCAUCCAGGUCGCCAAAGACAGCGGGGAUUUUCUUUGCUUCACCAGAUGGGGGAGAGUGGGCGAGGAGGGCCAGUGGAACAUCGACUGCAUGGAGAAGGCGGAAGACGCCAUCAAGGCUUUCGAGAAGAAGUUCAAGGACAAGACCAGAAACAACUGGGCCGAUCGAGACAACUUCGAGCCGGUCGCCAAGAAGUAUACUUUGCUGGAGAUGGACGACGACAGCGACGAAGAGGAAGACGCGGUGGAUUCCUCGGUGCCCAAGAAGGAGCUGGUGUCCUAUGAUGGCCCCUGCAACUUGCACAAGAGGACCAUACUCAUGAUCAAACUCAUUUUCUCGGAUAAUAUGUUUGUCAAUCAGAUGGCGGAUAUGAGUCUAGACGUGAAGAAGAUGCCGCUGGGCAAGCUGAGCAAGCUGCAGAUCGCCAAGGGUCUGGAGGCGCUCAUAGACAUCGAAGACGCCAUCAAAAAGAACAAGCCCCGCAGUGUGUUGAUGGAGCUCACCUCCAAAUUCUACACUCUCAUUCCACACAACUUCGGUCGAUCGGCGCCUCCUGUGAUAGACACGGAUGAAGUUGUGCAGAAGAAGAAGGAGGUUAUGCUCACUCUCAGCGACAUUGAGCUCACGCAGAGUCUUCAGAAGGAGAAAGGUGGGGAAAAGCGGGUGUCUACUCGUAUAUUUAUGAGAACAAAUCUUCAUCCCUUACUCGAGAAGUACGAAAUGUUGGACUGCGUCUUGGAAUACGUCGAAAAGUCUUCCUCAGAAUUUAUGCUUCUCAAAGAGUAUGCGACAGCUUGUCCUCAGACGAGAAAAGGUCCUCUCCUUGACGUUUGGCGCGUUGACCGGAAGGGAGAGAAGGAGAGGUUCGCCGCCCACGACGCCAUCCAGCACCGCAAGCUGCUCUGGCACGGCACCAACGUGGCGGUGGUGGCGGCGAUCCUGAAGGCCGGGCUCAGGAUCAUGCCCCACUCGGGCGGGCUGGUGGGCAGGGGCAUCUACUUCGCCUCGGAACACGCCAAGAGCUCCUGGUAUGUCAGAAGUCAUUGCGGGAUCUUCGAAGGUGAGAGUAACGUAGGCUUCAUGUUCCUGGUCGAGGUUGCUUUAGGGAGAGAAAGCAGCAUCACACAGUGUGACGGCAGCUUAACGAAGGCCCCCAACGGCUAUGAUAGCGUGGUGGCGAGAGGGUCGCGCGAACCAGACCCGAAGAAGAACAAGAAAGUAGUCUUCGACGGGAAGGACGUCAUCGUACCUGUGGGGAAGCCUGUUCCUCAGAAGGAGUGGGCCCAAAGUGGCUUCUGUCAGAGCGAGUACCUUGUUUACAAAGAGAGUCAGGCGCGAAUCAGAUACGUCCUCAAGUUUUCUUUUAAUUAAUCUAGUCAUUGAGUCCUUUCGUCUUAUUCACAGCAAACAUUUAUGGAUGAAUAAACAGUACGGAAGAAUAGCAUACUACGGUUUUGCAGCUAUUGCAUAGAUGUUGCAUUGCACGCUGUCACGGAGGUUUUCUCAGCUUUGUAUGAGGACCCGAAGUCAAUCUCUGUAGAUUAUUUACUAGAACGGAAUUUUAUGGUGAAAACUAUAAUGAUCAAUCGAAUAACAAAAGAUGUUUUUUGCAAUAUUGUUUUUGUCUGUUGUAAAUCAACCAUCACAACAUAUGUACACGUCGGCUUUAUCAACUUGUCAAUGUUUGUUUUAUAUCACUUGUGAAACUGUACUUCGCAUUCACCUCUGUAAUAACACUUUUUUGUUAGAUUAAAGUGUAAAUUUAU